CUCCGCCUCCUCCAGUUCGCCCUCGGCCUCGCUAUCGUCGGUCUCUACGGACAGGAUCUCUCGGGUACUUCGUCGAACAAGGGAAUCGACGGACGGUGGCUGUACGCUGUUGUCGUUGGUGUUUUGUCUUCGCUUACGGCAUUGCUGUACUUGAUUCAUCUGGGUAUUACGAAGAAGAAGAAGACGACGCCGUUUUAUUGUGCUGAGAAUGGGGUUGUUGGGAUUUGUCUGUUUGCGUGGGAGGGGGUGGUGUGUUUGCUGUGGUUGGUUUGUUUUGGGAUUUUUGGGAAGGUGUUUUUGGCCACGGGGCAUCAUGCUGAGGGGUAUGAGGGGAAGAUGUGGAGGGCUGUUUGGGUGGAUUUGGUUUGUUGGGGGGUUUGGGGGGUUAGUAUGGUUUGGUUUGGGGUGAGGUGGUGGAAGGCUAGG